CAGGGGCGUGGCGUGGCCCCGGCAUUUCCUGGUACGGACGAGCCUAGGGCUGCUGAGUCUGGCUCCGUGCCCCGAAGCUCUCGUCUUAGGCCAGGUGGCCGUCUCGGCAGGGGUUGAGCUACCCUCAUGGAAGGGAGAGGACCCUACCGGAUCUACGACCCAGGGGGCAGCACGCCUCUGGGAGAGGCAGCAGCAGCUUUUGAACGCCUAGUGGUGGAGAAUACCCGGCUGAAGGGGAAAAUACAGGGGAUAAAGACGUUAGGGGAGCUUCUGGAGGAGUCUCAGAUGGAAGCGUCCAGGCUCCGACAAAAAGUGGAAGAACUGGUCAAGGACAGUGAGCUGCCUCCACCACCACCUGCCCCUUCCUUGGGCUCCUUUGAUCCCCUGACUGAGCUCACAGGACAGGAUACACAGGUCCAGGUAGAUCCUAAUGCUCCCACUACCACCACCACCACCACCACUACCACCCCCACUGAAAACUCCAUGCAGAAGCCAGCGCCAGCCUCCAAGCCUCCAUCCAAUGGCGCCUCCUCUGACUUUGAAGUGGUCCCCACUGAGGAGCAGAACUCCCCACCCAAAACUGGCAGCCACCAAAGGACCAUGAUGGAGCUGGGGUCCCCACCCCCAGAGGACGGCAACCUCCUGCUCCACCUGCAGCGCCUGGAGACCACCCUGAGCGUGUGUGCCGAGGAGCCCGACCACAGCCAGCUCUUCACCCACCUGGGCCGCAUGGCCCUGGAGUUCAACAGAUUGGCCUCCAAGGUGCAUAAAAAUGAGCAACGCACAUCCAUCCUGCAGACCUUGUGUGAGCAGCUGCGCCAGGAGAAUGAGGUCCUGAAGGCCAAGCUGGACAAGGGCCUGGAACAGCGGGAUCAGGCUGCCGAGAGGCUGCGGGAGGAAAACAUGGAACUCAAGAAACGGUUGAUGAACAGCAGCUGCAAGGAGGGUCUCUGUGGGCAGCCCAGCUCCCCAAAGGCAGAGGGUGCUGGCAAGAAGGGCAUGGCCGGACAGCAGCAGGCCAGUUCGAUGGCAGGGAAAGUCCCCGAGGUGGGGGUCUUGGGUCCAGCCGAGAAGAAGGUGAAGAUGCUGGAGCAGCAACGCAUGGAGCUGCUGGAAGUGAACAAGCAGUGGGACCAGCAUUUCCGGUCCAUGAAGCAGCAGUAUGAGCAGAAGAUCACAGAGCUCCGCCAGAAGCUGGCGGAGCUGCAGAAACAGGUGACUGAGCUGGAGGCCGAGCGUGAGCAGAAGCAGCGGGACUUUGACCAGAAACUCCUCCUGGCCAAGUCGAAGAUCGAGAUGGAGGAGACUGGAAAGGAGCAGCUGGCAGUGGAGGCCAAGGAAUUACGCCAGAAGGUCAAGUACCUGCAGGAUCAGCUGAGCCCACUCGCCCGGCAUCGAGAAUACCAGGAAAAGGAGAUCCAGCGGCUCAAUAAGGCCCUGGAGGAGGCCCUCAGCAUCCAGGCCUUGCCAUCCUCUCCACCACCAGCUUUUGGGAGCCCAGAAGGGGCUGCGGGCCACCUGAGGAAGCAGGAGCUAGUGACACAAAAUGAGCUGCUGAAACAGCAGGUCAAGAUCUUUGAGGAGGACUUCCAGAGGGAACGGAGUGACCGUGAGCGCAUGAAUGAAGAAAAGGAAGAGCUGAAGAAGCAGGUGGAGAAGCUACAGGCUCAGGUCACCCUGACCAAUGUCCAGCUCAAAGCACUCAAAGAUGAGGAGAAGGCCAGAGAAGCCCUCAAACAGCAGAAGAGGAAAGUGAAGGCCUCAGGAGAGCGUUACCACGUGGAACCCCACCCUGAGCACCUCUGUGGGGCCUACCCCUAUGUCUACCCUCCCAUACCAGCAGCCGUGGUGCCCCAGCACGCCUACAAGGACUGGUCCCAGAUCCGCUACCCUCCAUCCCCCAUGCCCAUGGAGCACCCGACCCCACUCCCCAGCUCUCGCCUCUUCGUUCUGCCGGAGUACCCCUGGCGUCCACCCUGUGCAGGGAUUCAGAAUCCGACCUCCCAAGUGAUGGACCCACCCCCAGACAGGCCUUCAGAAGCAGAGUCUGCAAAAAGUGACUGUGAGGGGCCUCAGUGAGGCCACGUUGGGUCAUUUGGCUCCACCUUCGUCUUGCAGAGCCGGCUGACCUCAGAUCGCCGAGAAACUAGAGGCCAUGUGCAUGUUCUGUGUGGCCCGAGCCUUGGCGGAGCAGAGGCUGGGAUGAGCAGGCGGCCCACGUCUCAAGCCCCACCUCGAACUGUUUACAUGACUAGAGAGACUCUACCCACGAGGUCUCUACCAGGUUCUUCCGGAUGCAACUAGGAAAAACUUGACCCACCCUGCCUCUUGCCAAGACAAGGGGGCCUCACCUGGCUUUGACCCGUCCUCUUUUGCUGAGGCCACUAGCUGUUCAUCCUGAGAGUUGGGUGCAGCCAAGACCCCCUUCCUCUCAGAACCUUGAAGAAUUUGUUCCAGGCUCUCCAGAGACCACACCCAGUUCAUGUGCGUGUGUAAUUUUUGCUUCAAGCUCAGCAGCAGGACCUGCCCCAUACCCCCUCCUUACCUCUCUGUGAGGAGUUAUGGGAAGGAGCUUCUCUCGAGCAGAAGAGAACGAUGGGAUGUUAGGAUGUCAGCAUGCUCUCCGCUGCACCCGUGGCAGCCGCCUCUCGAAAGCCACCGUGAUCUGGGACGAAGGCCACACCAGCCAUGUCUGCUGAGGGGCCCAGCCUUGAAGCUGCCCUCAGCCACCAGUUAGAUGUUUAUGGCACCAGAGGUCUGUAUUAAGGUAGCUGUCUGUUGCUAGGCAGCUGUUUGCACAAAUCUUGGACAUAAAUCCAACUUGAGGAUCAA